UUACCUACUAUCUAUCAGGAUUUAUAUUGUUCAAUAAAGAUAAGCUUCUUUGUCUUUGUGAUGAACUUACCCUUGUUGAUUGCCAAAUACUUAUUGAAUUGUCCUUGGCCAUCUCCAUUUAUUAGUGUUGAACUUAUUGGUGAUGGUGGAAAUAUCAAUGCUUGAUUGAUUGCUUCAAUUCUUUUGCAUGUUUUGUGAUAUAUCCUUGUCAAUGUUUUAAUGGUAAACUUGGCCCAUGACCAUGUGCAACAUCCUUAGGUUCUAAGGUUUUGUGAUAUAUCCUUGUCAUAUUUUGGUUUCAUUUUAUUUUUCAGGUGAUGAUGGACCAGCUUCAAAUGAAAUGCUUUAUUGGAGCUCAGUGGCUAUACUAAUGGUCUCAGUGUUUACUACAGAAGAUUCAAUUAUUUUGAUUUUGUUUGUCUUCUAAAUGAAACAUUUGAACUAUUAUUCAAUCGUAUUCAGUUAUUAUACUAUUGACCAUUGGACCCUUGCUUGUCAAAGAAAUGACUUUCAUUUAC